AGGUCGAUCUGCGCGAUCGUCCACGAACUCGCUCGCGAUCGUCGUCGUCGGUUGAAGGAAGUUUCGUGCCGCGGGCACACAACAUUUUUUCGCUGUUGUGGAGUGUGCGUGUAUUGGUGGUGUCGUUUGCUUUGGAUCCUGUGUCUCUUUCGGGCGUCGGGAAGCCGCGCUUGUGAGUGAGCGAGCGCGAUCUCCGAGUGUCGGACUGGUUUGGAGUUCAUAAAGUGAAAGAUUAUUAUAAGAAUCAUUUCAAGUACCAUGCGAUAGGCUGGGCUGUGCCGCUGUAUUUGUGAGGACAUGUCAUUCCGUAGGCCAUUGUACUGAAAAAUUUCUGUAUGAUCUUAAUGUUUUUGUUUUUUUUUUUAUCUGCGUUCCACAUAUUUUACGCAACCCCAGUUUGCCACAUUGACUAAACUUGGGGACGAAUAAGUUUGCCAAAGUGCGAACAAAACUUGGCAAAAACCUGGACCACCCUUAACAACCACACCUGGAAAAGGGGUCCACUUAAACUCGCGGAUCUCAAUGGUGGACACUAAAAUGGGAUGAAGUUUCACUUGUCCGAGCGGACACUCACACGCAAAGGAAAAAGAGUUGCAGCUGUUUAAUGGACACUUGGGCGUAAACUCGGCAAGAAGCAAAGUGUCUCCAAAGGUGGUUUGCGGAAAGUUCGCCGAAACAGUAGUGUGGUGGGGCCAAGUGAAGUUGACAUCUGGUGGAAAGCGAAAAUCGGGUUGGAUGCUGCGCAAGCUGAGAGAGCCAAGCAAAAAAGUGUGAGCAAGUGUUUGUGAAUUAAUAGUGCCAGGGGUCCAAUAUUUGGCCGAAGAGAUACAAAUUCCGAGUUUUUUUUUUUGCUGUAUUCUUCGUGCACAAUAAAAGUAAGGAAAACUGUGGUACCGUAUGUGAGACGAAAAAUAGCCGCACGCGCACGCACAAUUUCACACACACUCACAAAUGAAGUGCGCAAACCACAAGAGCAAAAUCGACAGAAAAAAAAGUAGUUGACGCAUAAAACUGUGUGUGAGUGUGUGAGUGCGUGUGUGCUUCUGUAUUGGUACGCAGCCCCAUUGUAACCAUUCAACAUCAUUCAGACGACGACGGGUCCAGUGAACCCCGUUGCCGGCCGUCCUGCCCCGGUUCUGUCCCCGUCCGGCGACCUUCUUCUGCUUGCCUGCUGGACAGUACCCCAUCGAGAGAAACUUCGCGGAGUUUCAACGUUAUAGAGGUGUGUGUGUGUGUGUGCUGCCACGCUGACGUUUCUGCGCGAAGAAAAUCAUUUUUUUUGCAUAUUACACCACUUUGAGUGGAUUGUGGUUGUUUGCUGUUGGAGCUGUUGCUGAAACCUGGAAAUCGUCCGGAAUAUGAAAACGUGUGUUUAUAAGCGAUGCAUAACAAUAAGGUCAUAACAAGACAUCCACUGGCAUCAUGGAGUUUCCAGCUUUAGGGGCUCGAUAAUCCACCACUCCACUCAAGAUGUCGCACCCACAGCGCCGGGGUGCGCCAGUCGAGUGCCCCCUAGCGUCCCUCGGCCGGAACACGCCAUCGAUGGAUGCCCUCCAGUACCAUCAUCCGCUGAGUUCCAGCCCACUCGAUCCCCAGGCGUACCAAAUGUCCCGCAAGUCACCGAUCCUCGGCAUCGACCCGGACAUUUACACCGCCGAAACGAGUCUCGUGACCGUUGGCAGCAGUAAUGGGUGCAAAAGUGAUAAAACAAUCGAAAAUGGCGCUAUUCUGUCGAGGAGCUCAUCCUCGUCGAUCGACCAGAGUGCAUCCUAUCUCCAUCAACCGCCCCCGCCAGCGGUUAACCGGCGUGGUGACUACCGGCCACUGCGACCCCGCACGUACACCCCGAUCGAUACGCUCCUAACCAACAGCUACCAGCACCACCAGCGGCUCUCACCGGUCAUGAUGGACAUCCAGCGGGGCUACCAACCUGACGGUCAACCCCUGGCGUCUCUCUCCGAGGCGGACCGGUACUUCCUCGAAGAGAAAAUGGACUCGCUCUACAUUCAAGGUGCCAUCCGACGGAACGCCACCACGCCGUCCAGUCUAACGCGGAAUCAGUCCAGCAGUAGCAACAACACCGAGCGGUACUACCUGGAGAACGAGAACAUCGACGCGAUCUACAACUUUUGCCACUCGGCGGCCGGCGUUGCGGCCCUGAACUCGCACAACUCGUCCAAGGCGUCCUCCAGCCACAACGACUGUCUGGAUUCCAGCUCGCCGAACCUGCUGCGGCGGGCGUCCAGUCCGGAGACGAGCGGGUCCGAUCGGUACCUCAUCGACCGGAUACGGGGCUCGCCGGCGGCGGUGGCGUACCACGGGAGAAACACCCGGCUCGCCCAGCAGAUGAAGGUGAACGCAACAGAUUUCGUCGAUGGGAGGAUCCACCUCUCCAAAUCGCAACACUUUGGCGACGGUCUCAGCCGGUACGGUCGCUUCUCGCCAAGCCUGGACCAGGGCUACCACACGCUGGUGUCUCCGUCGCCCUCGGGCCAACAGCAGUCAUCCAUUCCGGCCUCGUGGAACACGGCCGUUCCAAGCAGCAGCAGUACGUCCACGAUCAACGGCGCGACCAGUUUAAAUGGCGGCAGCAGCAACGGCCAGCAUGGGCUCAACGGCGGCGGUGAUCUGCUCAAUGGCAGCGGUGGUGCCAUGUUCCGGGCGGGACCACUGUUUGAUCGGCUGUCCGACGAGCUGAUGGUCAAGAUCUUCGAGUGGCUCGAUAGCUGUGAACUGUGCAAUAUCGCUCGCGUCUGCAAACGCUUCGAGUCGGUCAUCUGGAGUCCGACCCUGUGGAAGGUCAUCAAGAUCAAGGGGGAAAACAAUAGCGGCGAUCGAGCCAUCAAAACAAUCCUGAGGCGGCUUUGCGGCCAAACGCGAAACGGUGCAUGUCCUGGCGUGGAGCGGGUGCUGCUGAACGACGGUUGUCGGCUAACGGACAAAGGUCUCCAGCUGCUAUCGCGGCGGUGUCCGGAAAUUACUCAUCUGCAGGUGCAGAACAGCGUGACCGUCACGAACCAGGCCCUGUUCGAUUUGGUUACAAAGUGUACAAAUCUUCAACAUCUCGACAUAACUGGUUGUGCCCAAAUCACGUGCAUCAACGUCAAUCCGGGGCUGGAACCUCCGCGACGGUUACUUCUGCAAUAUCUGGACCUCACGGACUGCGCUUCGAUUUCAGACUCGGGACUCAAGAUAAUCGCCAGGAAUUGUCCACUGCUGGUGUAUCUGUACCUGCGACGAUGCAUUCAAAUUAGUGAUGCUGGCCUCAAGUUUAUCCCAAACUUUUGCAUAGCUUUACGCGAGCUGAGCGUAUCGGACUGCACCAGCAUCACGGACUUUGGCCUGUACGAGCUGGCCAAGCUGGGUGCAACGCUGCGCUAUCUCUCGGUGGCCAAGUGUGACCAGGUAUCGGACGCCGGCCUCAAGGUGAUCGCACGGCGCUGCUACAAAAUGCGCUAUCUGAACGCCCGAGGCUGCGAGGCGGUCAGCGACGAUUCGAUCAACGUGCUCGCCCGGUCCUGUCCCCGGUUGCGGGCCCUCGACAUCGGCAAGUGUGACGUCAGCGAUGCCGGCCUGCGCGCGCUCGCCGAAAGCUGUCCCAAUCUGAAGAAGCUUAGCUUGCGAAAUUGUGAUAUGAUUACGGACCGCGGCAUCCAGACCAUCGCGUACUACUGCCGGGGGCUGCAGCAGCUCAACAUCCAGGACUGCCAAAUCUCGAUCGAGGGCUACCGGGCGGUCAAAAAGUACUGCAAACGAUGCGUCAUCGAGCACACGAAUCCUGGAUUCUGCUAGCAUCGGCUCUCGAAUCUUUACUUCAUGUAACUCUCUAUUAUACGGCUAAAAGAAUUGUAGCAAAAUUGUUUUCCGAAAAUUCAUUUUUAAGUAUAAUACUGCCAAAAAGCGUUGCACAGAAACUUGUUAAUAACAUUAUUUAAAGAGGUCAAUAUUUUAUGAAACGUUUUGUAACAUUUUACAACUGUAUACUAACUUUAACGUAUAAUUUCUAUAGUUUAUUUUGAUGAAAAA